CACACUUACGUCUAAAACUCACUCUCAUUUGCUAAUUGUUAACUUGCUCUGAGUUUGAAGAAAUUCAUCAAUGGCGAUUCGCAGAGCGCAAACUCUACUUUGUCUUUCUAAAUUCAAAACCAAUUUCGUGUCUGGGUCGCUCCACCGGUUCUCUUCUUCGUCUCAAAAUUCAAAUCAAUUCCAGAAUGUUGGUUUCAUAGGACUUGGAAAUAUGGGAUUCAGAAUGGUGAAUAAUCUAAUUAGAGCUGGAUAUAAAGUUACCGUUCAUGACAUAAACCGUGAUGUUAUGAAAAUGUUCACUGAAAUGGGAGUCUCUUCUAGAGAAACUCCUUAUGAAGUUGCACAAGAUAGCGAAGUUGUGAUUACAAUGUUGCCUUCAUCAUCUCAUGUGAUGGAUGUGUACACAGGAACAAAUGGGUUGCUUCUUGGAGAAAAUGAUAUAAGACCUGCUUUGUUUAUAGAUUCAUCCACUAUUGAUCCACAAACAACUCGAAAAAUCUCACUUGCUGUUUCUAAUUGUAAUUUGAAAGAAAAGAGAGAUAAUUGGGAAAAGCCAGUCAUGUUGGAUGCUCCCGUCUCUGGAGGUGUUCUUGCUGCAGAAGCUGGUACACUUACUUUCAUGGUUGGAGGUCCCGAAGAUGCUUACUUAGCCGCUAGACCAAUACUUCAGUCAAUGGGCAGAACCUCCAUCUACUGUGGUGGUUCAGGAAAUGGAUCUGCCGCAAAGAUUUGUAACAAUCUGGCAAUGGCCGUGAGUAUGCUCGGCACUUCAGAAGCCUUAGCUCUUGGUCAGUCACUUGGAAUAUCUGCCAGUACUUUAACAGAAGUCUUAAACACAUCUAGUGGCCGUUGUUGGAGCAGUGACGCAUACAAUCCAGUUCCAGGAGUGAUGAAAGGUGUGCCAUCUUCAAGGGAUUACAAUGGCGGUUUCGCCUCCAAACUUAUGGCUAAAGACCUAAACCUCGCAGCAGCCUCAGCUGAAGAAGUUGGACACAAAAGCCCAUUGAUAUCCAAAGCACAAGAAAUUUACAAGAAGAUGUGCGAGGAAGGACAUGAAACGAAGGACUUCUCUUGUGUUUUCAGACACUUUUACAAUGGGAAAGAUGAGGUCUGAGACAAUCUUAACAACGACCCUGCAAAAUAACCGGUUUCUUUGUGCAUUUAGAUUGUUGAUUUUCAUUGCUAAGAAUAAUAAAAGUCUUGGAAAGGCUGUGAUGUUAAUAAGCGAUGUGAAUUGUAAUUAGUUUGAGAACAUCUCUCUGGUGUUGAACAUUACUCUUGGAAUCACCAAUCAAUUAGUUAUGAGGUCAGCGAAGAAUAAAGCAUGAAGGAUCCUAUAGAGAGGAUUAAACAAAGCUCAGAGUCAAAGUUCUAAACUUUUCUUUUACCCGGAAAAAAGUCAACAACAAUUCAAACAAUAGUCACCUAUGGUGUAAUUACAUUUCUUAACAGUGUUACUCGCUAACCAAUCCGUAAAUAUACCAUUUUCC